UUUUUUUGCAAUCCCCGCCAUUGCGACUUCGUUACAUGUUCGAACGUGUUAUGCUGUGCUCUGUGGAAAUUUUAUGAAAAAUCAGGGAAAUCUCGUGAAAGAAUAUGUCACUUCGUCCUCAUCGCACUGUUCGUGAACUCUUGAAGAUCUUGUUGAAGAGGCAAGCUCGUUUGGAGAGGCGCCUUCUGCGAGAUCCAACCAAUCCUUUUACUCUUCCUCAAACAAGGUUCAGGAAACUCUUUGGCUUCCCUCCACUCCUGGCGAAGGAAUUCAUCGAUGAAUUAUCACCUCUAAUAAAAUUGAAUCGCCAAUACAGUGCUCAGAGCGGUCAAAGGGUACCGCAUCAUCUUCAAAUUCUCUGUGUCCUGAACUUCUUCACCACUGGAAGUUAUCAAAGGCCACUGGGAAGGAUGAGUUUAUUCUGGAUGAUAACGGAAGACAUGGCCAUGGGUUAUGUUGAGAAAAUAUGCCACACUAUUGAGAAAUACAUGUACUCCAAGUACGUCUCAUUCCCAUAUUCCAACAACCAGGCAAUUCCGAUCAAGGAAAAGUUCAAGCAAUCAACUGGUCUUCCUGGAGUUGUUGGGAUCAUCGAUGGAUUUCACAUCCCCUUCACGGGUUACCUGCCAACUCGCGUGAAUGACUACUACAACACGCUGGGGUACUAUUCGCUGCUGUGCCUGAUUGUCUGCGAUGCAGAUUCCCGGGUGAUCUUUUGCGAUCCUCGGUAUGUUGCGAAUUGUACGGAGUGGACGGCAUUGGAAAUUUGCAAAAUACUUAAGAGUCUCGAGAGGAUCUAUCGACAGGAUCCACAGACUUGGCUUUUGGGGGAUUUGGGCUAUCAAAUGACUAAAUUCACCGUUGUCCCAUUUCAAAAUCCAGUUUUUGGAAUCGAGGAGAAAUUCAAUGAAGUCCACGAGAGAGUCAGGAGCCAGAUAUCUCGCUGUUGGGCUAUGAUGAGGGGGCAGUGGAAGUGCCUGUCCAAUCGCGACAAACCCAUAAACUGCAAUCACGACAACGCUAUAUUCCUUGUCCAUUCUGUCUGCGUUUGCCACAAUUACCUGCUCAGCCACAAUGUUCGGCCACAUGAAGCUGAUCUCAGGGAUCCGCUUCAGCCACCAACUCGUGUGUGCCGUAAAAGGCCCACCGAACGUGCCAGAAAUCACCUCAUGUACUAUAUUGCAGACCAUCACAUUCAAUAAGAUCAUUGAAUGCAGGUCUAUUCUUUGAUUCCAUUUACUUCCAAAUAGAAAAUUUAAUGUUAUCCUGAAGUAUUAUUAUUUUUUUUGAAUAAAUACCUUGAAAUCCGAA